CGGAAAAAUCUCUGCUGAAUUCCCUCCUCGUCUUUUUCUUCCUCUUCUUCCCCAAUUCCGCCUUCUCUUAAAGGUCUCAAUCAUCUCACGUUCCAAUUCACGAGAACCCAACGGCAAACAACUCAGCCGGAGCCGGAGAGUUUUUCUCAUCGCCUAUAAAAAAAAAUCAUACCACACAUUCGGUCUAAGGAGCUCGCUUUCUUCCAUUAACGCGGGUGCUGACGGGAAAUUUAGGUUUCCAUUGGGUACGGCAAUGGCACCGGAGCUUAGGAAUGAGCCGAAGCUUGUUCAUGGAGAAGCUGGUUAUGUAUUGGAGGAUGUGCCGCACUUUGUGGAUUAUAUUCCUGACUUGCCUACGUAUCCAAAUCCUCUCCAGGAUAAUCCAGCAUAUUCAGUUGUCAAGCAGUAUUUUGUCAACAUAGAUGAUACAGUUGCACAAAAGAUUGUCGUCCACAAAAGUAGUCCUAGAGGGACUCAUUUUCGACGUGCUGGGCCUCGUCAAAAGGUUUAUUUUGAAUCAGAUGAGGUGCAUGCUUGCAUUGUAACCUGUGGUGGACUCUGCCCAGGGCUUAAUACAGUUAUUAGGGAAUUAGUUUGUGGCUUGUCUCAUAUGUAUGGUGUUUCCAGGAUCCUUGGCAUAGAGGGUGGAUAUAAGGGUUUCUAUGCUCGCAAUACCGUUCAAUUGACGCCUAAAAGUGUGAAUGAUAUUCAUAAAAGGGGAGGCACUAUACUAGGAACAUCACGAGGAGGCCAUGACACAUCAAAGAUAGUUGAUAGCAUUCAAGACCGUCGGAUCAAUCAGGUCUACAUUAUAGGAGGGGAUGGAACUCAGAAGGGGGCCUCGGUUAUUUUUCAGGAAAUUAGAAGGCGCGGUCUCAAAGUUUCUGUUGUUGGCAUCCCCAAGACAAUUGAUAAUGACAUAGCGGUAAUUGACAAAUCAUUUGGUUUUGAUACUGCCGUUGAAGAGGCUCAACGGGCUAUUAAUGCAGCACAUGUUGAAGCUGGGAGUGUUGAACAUGGAAUAGGUGUUGUCAAGCUGAUGGGUCGCUACAGUGGAUUCAUCGCAAUGUAUGCAACUCUCGCAAGUAGAGAUGUGGACUGUUGCCUGAUUCCUGAGUCACCCUUUUAUCUGGAAGGAAAAGGUGGCCUUUAUGAAUUUAUAGAGAAGAGACUUAAAGAGAAUGGCCACAUGGUUCUUGUUGUUGCUGAGGGAGCAGGACAAGAGCUUAUUGCUGAAAGCAUGCGCUCCAUGGAUCAUGAAGAUGCAUCCGGAAAUAAGCUGCUCCUGGAUAUUGGCCUCUGGUUAUCGCAGAAGAUUAAGGACUACUUCUCAAGCAAGAAGAAGAUGACCAUAAAUCUUAAGUAUAUUGAUCCGACAUAUAUGAUCCGUGCAAUUCCCAGCAAUGCUUCUGAUAACGUGUACUGCACUUUGUUGGCUCAGAGUGCUGUACACGGUGCAAUGGCGGGUUAUACUGGUUUCACAGUAGCGCCUGUUAAUGGCAGACAUGCUUAUAUACCAUUUUAUAGGAUCACUGAAACUCAAAACAAGGUUGUAAUUACAGACAGAAUGUGGGCAAGGCUGCUCUCUUCAACCAACCAACCGAGCUUUCUGAGUCAAAACGCCAUUGAAGAUGCAAAGAAGGAAGAAGAGCCAGCAACUCAGUUGUUGGAAGGGGAAAAUAGUACUAACCAUCAUGACGACGAAGAGCUUUUCUCUUCAGCCAACCAACCGAACUUUCUGAAUCAUAACGCCACUGAAGUUGCAAAGAAAGAAGAGAAGCCUCCAACUCAAUUGCACGAAGCAGAUCUUUGUGAUAAUGGUGUAGCAAACAAACCUUCCGGGUGAGGUCCUUCAAAAUUCACUGUAUUAUAUAUUAGAUAUAUAGAUUAGGAUAAGCCCAGGAGCAGAGACUUAUAUUUUUCUCUGUGGAGGUUGUUUGUAAGUUUUAUAUGUUUUAUGCCAUGAUCAUUUGAGGUAUUAUGUAAAAGAUAUAUAAUACUUGUUACAAUAGAAACUGGUUUGUUAAGCCAAUUUUGUACAAUGCCUAUAUUUUAGGUAGAUCCUAAUCUAUUGUUCCUCGUUUAAAUUUCUUCUAA